GUGAGUGUGUGUGUGUGUGUGUGUGUGUGUGUGUGUGUGUGUGUGUGAGAGAGAGAGAGUGUGUGUGUGUGUGAGAGUGUAUAUGUGUGUGUGUGGGUGUGUGUGUGUGUGUGGGGGGGUGUGUGUGUGAGAGAGAGAAUCUACACUUCAGUUCGGAAGUAUGGAUCUGUAUGAGAUGAGGGGUCGACUGCAGGUCAUUGCAGAGGAAAACACAGCAAGUGAAGAAGAGGAGGAGAAUGAAGAUGAAGGAGAGUUUGUGAUGGUGAGAAACAGGAAGAUGACCUCUGACCCCAGCGACCCCCCUGAUGCCUGGUGUAAAGACUGCAGCGUCCCAACACACUCGAACCCAAGAGAACACACACACAGACAACACAGAGUCAUCACCAUCAGCACUGCUGCUCAGGAGAUAAAGAGUGAGCUUCAUCAGCGCAGCAGCAGUUUAGCAGAGAAGGUCACACAGAUGGAAAACUUCCUCAGCAAUCUGGAGGAGAUCUUCAUCACUGUGGAGGAGAAUUUCGGGCGUCAGGAACAGAAUCUGGAGCAGCACUAUAACGACGUGCUGCAGUCUCUGUCUCAGCGUUUUAAAGAUAACAGCGCCGCCCUGCUGGACGAGAAGAAACUGAAACUGGAGGCUCUUUACGGGCAGCUGCUGCACUGCGGAGAAACGCUGACGGCGAGUAAAGAGCUGAUCGAACAUGCGCAAGAAAUGCACCGCUGCGAUGACAAGCACUUCUUCCUACAGACCGUUAUGUCCGCCAUUAAGAGGAUGGAGGAAUUUUCGAAAGAUCAGGUGGAGCUUAAAGUGGGUGUGUCUCUGGACUUCGCCCCACCCCCUUCUGACCUGACUGAGGUUAAACACAUGAUGGACUCAGUUAAUGUUGUACCAGCUCCCUCGGCCCCGGUGAUGAACCCACAGCUGGUGAACUCUGCCUCACCCUCAUCUCUGCGUGUGUGUUGGAGUCUUUUCUCUGAUGAUACAGUUAAUUUCUAUAAGCUUUACUGCCGCCAGAUCUCUGAGGACAUCGCCACGGAAACCAUGCAGGACGUGUCUGUGUUGAGAGUAAAGGAGACUCACUGUGUGGUAAAGGAUCUUCGUCCUAAUUCUCAAUAUGAGUUUUGGGUCACAGCAACAAACACAACAGGAAUUAGUCCAGCCAGUGAGAAGGCUGUGUACAUGACCGUUCCCUCUCCUCCUGUGAUUAGAAAGCAUGAGUGUGUGAGCUGUUUGGAUGCGGCACUGAUCCGGUGGGACUCAGGAAACACAAACCCUGUGGAGUCAUACACACUCGAGCUAUGUGAGGACAGAGAGACAGACUGCACAGUGACCGAGUCAAUCGUAGCGAUCCCCACCUGUGAGUGUGUGGUGCAGCUGCAGCCUUGGAAAUGUUACAUCAUUACUGUCCGAGCUGUGAACAUUGGGGGUGCCAGUGAAAAGAGUCGACCAAUUAAAAUCUCCACUACAGGGACUUUUUUCCACCUGCUGAAGGAGACAGCUCACCCAAGCCUGUGUGUGUUGGAUGAUGGGUUCACGGUUGUUUACCCAGACGAAGAUCUACCAUUGAGUGACCUGGUGUUCACUGAAAGCUCCUUCAACAGUUGUGUAGCCGUGCUUGGUGACCUCAUCCCUGUACGAGGACAUCACUACUGGGAAAUAGAAGUCAAUGACUGGACAGAGUAUAGAGUGGGUGUGGCCUUUGAGGACACACAGCGCAGCUCUUAUCUUGGUGCUAAUGCUACAUCGUGGUGCAUGAGACACAUUCACACACCCUCCAGACACAAGUACGAGUUCCUGCAUAACGGCUGGAGUGCAGAUGUGCGCAUCACCGUUCAGCCGCUGUGUGUCGGCAUUUAUCUGGAUUACGACAGUGGCACACUCUCCUUCUACAACACACACCUACAGCAACACUUACACACCUUCAGGUGCUGCUUCACACACAACGUGCUGCCCUGCUUCGCCCUGGAUAAACCUGGGUCACUGAGAAUACACACCGGGGUUCCUACACCAUCAUACAUCACACACACUCACACAUAAAACACACACAUGCAAAAUGAUGUAUCACAUAAUUCAUGUGAUCAAGUGUGUGUGUGUGUGUGUGUGUGUGUGUGUGUGUGUGUGUGUGUGUUUGACUGUAAUGGAAACAGAGCUGCAGAUUGUGAUUCUUGAAAGAAUCAGUCAUUUGUUAGUUUAGUGUUAUUAUUAAUUAAUUAUUAAGCUCUUACUUGAGUUUUGUUGAUGUGAUUUUUCUGAAAUAAAAUAAAAUAUCUGAUUAAUAAAUAAAAAUUAGGCUCCAGGUUUAAUCUGAGUGUGACAAGGUUACUGAGAUGAAUAAAAGAGUGAAUGAAUAAAUGUAUGUAUUUAUAUUAUGUACUUAUUUAUUUCUUCAUAUUUCACACAUUCUACUCUGUACAUGUUUACAC